UGUGUUUCACGUUUCUUCUGAAACGAUCAUCAUACUAUAAAUAUGUAUUUAGAAUCAUAUAUGAGUACGGUGCUCGAUUAACCAAAGUAUACAGCUAAUAAGACGUUAUAAAAAACAUAUAUGAUUUUAUUCUGACUACAAAUUUGUUUCGUAUAACAAGCAGUGCUUGCCACACUUAUCACGUGAAUCUAAAUGUCGUGGAGAUGGGGAUGAUUGUAGUUCAAAUUAUAGUUGUAGCCACUCUUAUGUAAGGCAUCUUGGUAUGGGGGACAAGCGGAGUUGAAUUACUUUAACGAUGGACAUAUUGGAGCGAGUUGCCUGGUUUCAUGUAUGGUUUAAAUGAAGAGGUUCUCAGGUGAAACGUGACAUCUAGGUAAUUGGCACAUUUUUUGUUGGCUUCCAUCGUUAUCUUUAGCUUAUGAUCAACAAAAACACGGCAGAUGUUGAUUGAAUUUUAUUCUCGUCUUAUGUAUGUAUAUAUACAUAUAUAAUUGCCGUAAAAGUCAAUUUACCUUGCAUGACCUCUAAGGCAAACCACAACCGGAAGACGUCAACUGCAAACUGCGAUUCGAUCACAAAGUUGGCCUUCAUGUUUUCUGAAUUGCAUAUGUUCAUUUUUCAAUUUUGUUAUCCAUAAUUAUAGUAGGUGCAUGAGACGUUACACAUUGGAUACACGGAUUGGAGAAAGCCGUAAUUUGUUAACUUUGCUUUCGUCGUAUAAAUUUAAUGCUUGAAAGUUCAUGAGAUUAUAUAAUUAUUUUUAAAGCAAACGUUAAGACCAUAACAUUUACCGAUUGUUUGCUAAUCACCAGGUAGAUAAUUUAUUUCAUAACAAAUCAGUGCAUGGUAGCGAAUUUUUGCUGCAAAGCAUUAAACUAUAAAAACUCCUUAUGUGGCACAAACAAUGAAAUUCCUUAAUCGAUUCCUUCUUAGGAAUCCAGGAAGAAAACAAGUUGUACAAUUAUAAAAUCGUGUUUAUUUCCGUCUUCACUAGCUGUAAGGUAUAUUACGUAUAAAAUAUUUUAGCUCGAAUUUAUUAUACUCUCUUGAUCUGGCAAUGUGUUGGUAAUAACCAAAGGAGUACUCCUCUAUGAGCACAUGUCAACAACGUUGAUGGGCUUUGAGAAAAGUUUCACAUUUCACAACUUUCGCCAGGGUAUAGCUUUAAUGUUCAUGAUAGCAUCGUCAAUUUUUUAUGUGACAAAAACAAAAUAAAACUCUAUAUUCUUACCUGUAUAAGGUCACUUAAAUAUGUCCUCUAGAUAAUUCCUUUCACCUGAAUUUUGGAUUGUGUUGAAAAACUAUUGCAAGCACAAGCGAAACAUGCUCCCUCAAUGAACGCACAAAAUACGAGAGUGCUUAUCACAAAUUUGAAGCCUUUUCCUCAUUGAUAAAGGCCGUUUCCAACUAGGCGAAUUUCCUCCCAUAGGGCGUUGCGAAACACAAAUUUCGACACUGCAAUUGGUUAGCGAGAAAUAUCGUUCCGAAAAUAUUUCCACUAGCCAAUCACAUGGCCAAAUUUGUUAUUUGAUUGAUUGAAAAACGGACUUAAUGCCUGUGACGAUGAUAAGCAGGAAGCCUACAACUCCCUCUUCAGAUUUAUUAGCGGCUAGAGAAAUGAUUUUCGCUCAUUGACUCCUUAGAGAUGGAGUAGCGACUAUAACGAACAGAUUCAUCCUGCAAGCACAAAAUGUAUUUGUGGACAUAUUUUUUCCCUUUCUUUUUCCUUCUGUUUUACUUGACAGAUGCUGUGACGUAUUUAGAAAUAUAUCCAGGACAGCAAUGUAGCUAUAACUAUGACCUGGAAGUCCAUACCCAUCGCGGAGAAAGGUCAACCAAAGAAUUGAACAUUAAAAUCAACGCUAAGGUAAACUUGGAAGUGCUUGACCGUUACAUGACAGAAAACGAUGGUUACGUCACCAAACUUGAAUUACGUCAUCCGCGCGUCAUUCGUUCAAAAGGUGGACGAACAAUAAAGCACGUGGUUGACCACAAUCUGGAGAAAAAACUAUCCCGGCCAUUUUUCUUCGUUCAAAGUCGUAAAGGAGAAGUAACUCAUGUGUUUUAUCCACAUGAUGAUUCCGAAGAUCUCAUCGGAAUGAAGAAAGGUGUCGUUAGUGCUUUUCAUUUGAAACUCCAUCCUGAUUUGAAGAUUAUGUCAUUCAACAACAAGGAGGAAGACGAUUCUGGUAUCCACGUGACUUACUAUGACGUCAACUAUCGCAACACCACUCACAGUAACUUCACAAAACAAUGGAGCGGUAAUGAUUAUCUUAAACACGCAGAUGGACGACCCGUGGAAGGCAAAAAACAUGUGAAAAGCCGCUACGACGCCGCUGUAAAAAUUGAGGACAAUGUCAUCAAAUCUGUGAAAAGAACUCAUUUCUCCCAGUUGCAUAAUGAGAAGCACUUCAAACGACCACUGACUAACCCUGAUUUUCAAAAACAACCGAAUUUAAGUAUCAAAGCCUCUGGAGAGAGCAAGCUGGACAUGUUAAGUUGUUCACAAAAACCUCCACGUAGGGAAAGGUCCGUAGGGGACGAAAGUCUGGUCACCAUGUUGGCUGAUCUCAAACAAGACAGUCUAACUCACGCAGACUUCCAUCGCCUGCAUUGGUCGAAGAUUGGCAAUCCUGAAAAGCCCACCCGGACAUUUUACGAGCUGCUGCGUUGUAAUUCUGAUAUCUCCGUCAAAAAACACGAACUAUUGCAAUGUAUUAAAGAACUUCAUUAUCUUGCCCGAACAGACAACGAAACUUAUCGAACCAUAGCCGAACUUACGUUGUCUAGAUCUCAUCAGAAUUUCUCAACGUGGUCCGGGUUAGUUGGAGCUUUGGUUGUGAAAGGAGACUAUGAAACCCAGAAAGCUUUAUCCCAGGCACUUUUGUCUGAAUAUCCCCGGCCUUUGAGUGAUAGAGAACAUUCAAUACUUCUCGAGGCAGUAUUCUUCAUCCCGCUCGGACCUCUGUACCCGGAACUUUUACAAGCUCUGCUUUCUCUGCAUAAAAAUAAUAGCAAAAGUGAGGAGGUGACAGUUCGUGCGAUGCUGGUCAUGUCUGGGCUGGUUCGCCGAGUACACGAGGCUGGCUACAACAGGUCGCUAUCUGAUGACAUUGCGCAAUAUCUACACCAGAGUUUUAAGACUCAUCCCGCGCGAGUGCAUGACGAUGAAAGCGAGUCACGCGAGACAUAUCUUCGUAACCAUAUAUGGGCCUUUGGCAACCUCGGCCAUUCUUCAUCCUUGAAUACAAUUGUUCGUUAUUUGGACCACGACAGCUCUGGAAUCCGUUACUCCGCUGUCUCUGCGUUGCGCAACCUACCAUUUAAAGACACUGAACAUCAUUUACUGAGAGCUUUGAAACAUGACGAACACGUGACUGUGAAAGCUGGCGUGAUUGAAGUGUUUCUAGAACGAAGACAGAACAUUUCAGACGACAUGCGUGAAGGUAUCGAAGAUGCUCUUUGGUCCGCUAAGGAAGGUGACGAACUUGACUCGAAGAUUACAGAGUUUCUGGACAAGCAUGGUGAUCAGUCACACCACACAAUAAAAAAACUACGUAAGCGAAGAGCAGCCAUAAAGAGGAAGAAAAGAGCGCUCAUACCAGCAUUGAAACCGAAAGAGUUUUCUUUGGGACCUAGGCGCGAGUGGAAGAAAGGCUUUGGAGGAAGCAAAGCUGGGGCCGAAGCUAUGAUGAGUUUAGUAAAUCAAGUGAGAUUACAGAUCGGGCUAUUUGGGGGAAAGUUUGAGGUAGACGUGGAUAAUUUAGCACUUCUUCGCGCUCACGUGUUCGUAUGGAGUUAUGAAGUCCUACGCGGUAAAGCGGCUUUCAAAAUGUCGGCGCGGUUUAAGAACGACAUCCCUAAAGACCUAAUCCACACGAUUUCCGACACGGCCGACGAUAUUCUUGCUGCUGCCGAUUCCAUAACCAGCAUAUUUACCAAACACAUUCAAAACUUUAUUGACAAAUUGAAAAACUAUGUGCCUUUGGACUCAGAUGCUUUUUUAGGAUUCAUCACAAAAGCUGCUGAGUUUCUGAAGCGUUCUGUUCAGGCUACACGCUUCGGGCGAUAUUUCAGUCAAAUUGCAAGAUUUGUUAAAGAUGCAUCACGUACUAACGGGCUUUGGCAAAACAUUGCUUCGUUGGUCAAAAAGCUUUCACAAAAUCUGAAGCACCUAAAUCUUUUAUCAAAUGGUCCAUUUGAAGAAGGAUCUAAAUUUUUGAACAGAAUCAUGGUUUCCCUUUCUAAGAUCGCCUCUGAGCUUCCUCAGGAUGUCACGAAGAAUUUCAACAUCAAGGACUUUCUGAAACACAUCUCCGGCCGUUUUGAUUCGAUUGGAGAUGCUGCGAAGGAUUAUUUCAGGAAAAUAAGCCGUAAAAUUCCGGAUAACUUUUUGGGAAUGUUGCAUUUUAAAACCACCCUCCGUUUUCUAGUAUCUUUGGAUAAGUUUAAAACCGUCACGAUGCGCCUAAUAAAUUUUGGAAAUACUCUUCUUGAAAUGCUGUCUGUGUUCCGAGGCAUAAUAAAAAUUGAAUUACCCAGGCCUAGCCUUCCAGAAUUUGGUCCAAUUAGUCAAAAUCACCGUUUCGACUUCGGUUUAUCAUACGAUUGGAGGGUGAAAUUUAGUUUUAAGAUCAAUUUCUCCGGAGAAGAUUUCCAAAAACUUCGAAAUUUUUUCCGUUAUUUGGGAAGAAUUUUUCGACAUAUGGACGGCCAGAAUAUUGACUUGCAAAAGAUUUUCCGCGAUUUCCUACCUAGUGUGAGAAACGAAUUGAAAUCAAUAGACGCGGAUCUUGUACGGGAUACAAAAGUCUUGAAUGUUGCGCUGUGGUUUCAAGAAAUUAUGAAAAAGUUUGACACCAUUUUGGGGCAGCAAGAUAGAAAACUCUUAAACUUUAGUAACACAGUCACAUUCCUAGAGGAAUUAGGAAAGGAAGUUGCGAAGUUUUCGAAAAAAACGCUUAACAAGGUUUGCAAAUUUCAAGGAUUUAUGUCGCAGUCAGCUGUAAAAUUAGAAGAAUUUGGACUAGAUUUGGAACAUGAGACAGUAGCUGCGAUCGGACGAGUCAAAGACGAAACCCAAUUGGUUAUAUCAGAAAUUUUUAACGUUACUUCAUUUGUGGAUCGAACCAUAAAUAAUCUUCAGAUAGAUCUCUCGGACAUGGCAAAGAAAUUUGUAAAUCAAUUUUUAACAAAGUUGGAAUCUUCGCUUGAAAAUGUGAAGGAACUGGCCGAAAACGUUGCUGAGUUCACAACCGAAAAAGCGGCAGGAUUUUGCCACAAAAGCGCAGAUUUCUCCGGCGAAAUUCUGGACAAUAUCCAAUCAGAAGCCGAAAAUGCCGUUAAAGAACUAGCUGAUUUUAUUACCAGCAAUUCCCAUGGUAUCACUGAUUUUAUAAGUCAGUUCAAAACUGUCGUCACUAACGUAGAAAAUUGGCAAAGAAAAAACUUGCAGAAGCGAUUGGGAAAGUUUGCUCUAGUGGCAGAGACGCUCGACGAAUUCUUAUCCUUGCUCAAAAACGAAAACAAUUUCUACGCGGAAGUUUACAAGGUUUCCAAGAAUAUUAAAGAUGUUUUAAAGUACCUAAUAAAAUUUCCGGAACACGCCGAUAAAGCCCGUCAGGCCGCCGAUAAGGUGAACGACUUCGCCUCGAACGCUGCACUUUGGGAAGCCGAAAUGAAGAAACUUAACAUAGGAAAAAAAUUCAAAUUAGACUUUGACGAAAAGUUGCGAAAUCUCUGCAACGAGUUCCACACACUUGCUCAAGAUUCUGUAAGAAAAAUCCAAGGAGAUACCUUCUUCAGGAAGUUUCGAAACUUUGUAACGAAAGAAACAGACGCUUUAAUUUCUAGGGCAGUUGGCAAAUUAAACUUGUUAAAAGAACCGUUAACGCGUGUUCAGGGCGUUAUGGAGAAGAUUUCAGAGUCUGUAAGUGAAGUCGAGGCUGUCUUGAUAGCUAUGAAACCAUUUUCUAAACACUUUUCCCCGAUUCUGAAAGAAGUAUCUGAACUACCAAACUGUUCUGAAAUCGCGUUUAUUUUUGAUGAUGCUGUUGCAAAAUACAGUCAAGGUGCCAAGGCCUUCGGUAAACAAGCUUAUGACGAGUAUAAGGAUUUGCGGUCGGAGGUCAAAGCAUUCCUAGAACUCUUACCCGACGAGUGGGAGAGUCUGAGUCUACGGAAUUGUGUGAACGGAGGAACGUGUUUGACCGAGGCGUUCACGAAACAAGCUCAAGGUAUCUCGAAGAAGAUUAAAACUUUGCAGAGGAAACUUGAUAGAAAAGAAUUGUUUGAAAGUUUGGAACCGUACAGAGUUUCCGUGGAGGAGGUCUCGCGCAUCGUAGAAAAAGUGAAAAAUAUUUCAUUAAUGGUGAAGGAGUAUUCUUUCAAUGACGAAGUGAUGAAAAUUAUGGAUUUGGCCCGCAGGAUAACUGGGAAAUAUUUCGGCGAGAAAGAACGUCAGCUUGUCAAGGAUAAGAAAAAAACUGUUGAAGACUUUCUUGAGAAAGUCAGAAGCCUGGCUCACCACGUGAAAAAAGCGGAUGAUACUAAAGAAAAAAUAGAAAAACUUGUCGAAGAAGUAUUUGGUAAACUAAAAAGCAUCUAUUCCGACAAUAUUAAACUCUUUCAAGACAACAUAAAAGUUGUUCAAGAAAUGUUAAGCUUGUCGUAUGUCUUCAGUAAAAAAUUAAACUUGUUCAACUCGAGUUUCCAAGCCGUUGACAGAGUGGUUGGGGUUAUGACGUCCUUCACUGAAGAUGCUCAAAAUAUCGUGAGUCCGUUAGAGGGGACGGUAUUAGAUUUUCUUUCGAAGUCUGAUGAUUUUAUGGACAUUUUUUCUGGCAAACUCAAAAACUACGGCGAAAAAGUGGAAAAGACCUCUAAAGCUGUGAACGCCUUUCUCGAUAAAAUUAUCUCAUUUUUGAAUACGAUUCAAAUACGCCAGAAAGGAUUAAAUACCCGGGAUUAUAAACCCUGGAACAAAUACGCGUACUGCUCAAAGGAAGUGUGCCUCAGAUUAAUCCGAAGGUCAACAAAUCUUUAUCUCAAUACCGUUUUCUUAUGGAAAUAUCCGCAUUUAAAUGACCUGUCGUCGUUUUCCAAAACAGGAAAGUGGCUUGUUCCUGGGCUUUUUGAUGACUACAAAGUGCGGGGUAUUGCACCACUGUCCAAUAAUGAAAUGUUACUGGGCAUGCGCGGCGUCGCGGCAAACACUAAGAAAGCUUCUCUGUUGGUUGUGGUUGACAUAGGGUCGUCAAGUACUAAAAUAUCAAAAAUCAUUCAACUUCAACAAGACGGCCAGCCUUUCAUAGGCGACAUGGGAGGCGUUGCUGUGGUCAAAGAUACCUUAAUUUGGAUCACAAGUGAAAGUAGUUUGUAUGCUGUAAGGGUAUCAGAGGUUCAUAAUAGCAUGUCAACCAGUGGCCCUUCUAUCAUUAAUAUUUCGAAAACAAAGUUACUUCUGCAUCAAGCAACAACCCUGUCUUACGACAGUCGAGACAGUCAAAUCUGGGUUGUCGACGCUUUUCGAAAUAAUGUCCACUCCUAUGAUGUAAGUCCAUUUGGUGAUGUGUUAUUACUUAAAAAAACAAUCAAAACAGGAAAACAUACACGCGGGUUUGCGAUUGUAAGACAAUUUGGUGUAAAGUACGCUGCCGUGGCUAAGUGCGCGCUGGUUGCUGGUCUCCAGUGUAAGUUGGAAUUCCAUAGUGUCGACAGGGGCGUUUUAGGCGAAUCAACCAUCCAUAGAGUUGUACGAACACCCACUGGCCUGGAAGCCGUCCAAACCGUAGACUCAGAGCACCUGGUCACCGCAUUUUCAAGUGGAACGUUUUCUGAACAAGAAAAGAUCGAGCGAAUCGGCGGCGAUUUUGAAGAUAGGUUUUUUAAGUUUAAAUUACCGAUUCUUUCAACGGGCUUUGGUAUCACAGAGAACUGCGUCUUCCUUAAAGUGGGCGGGGAUUAUAUUAUACCUGCUAAGCGCCUUUUUCCCAUUGGUGAACGGCAUUGUGGGAAGCGCCGAAAGCGUAGCGCUUUGGAAAAAGUCUUGGAUGCUGAUGUAUACACCAAGGAACUUGAGGGACAUAAGAGGGUACGGCGACAAACGACCGAAAGCGUUUCUUGUAUUAAGAACGUUGAAGGUGUGCUGAAAAAAGGUACAUUACCGCUCGCUGAAGUCAAUUACUUUAUAAUAGUUUACGGGAUACCAAUCACACUUUAUUUCGGCGCAGAGGCCUCUUACAAUGUGAACUACAGAAUCUCGCUUUGCCUACGCGAGAAAGAAAUUCGCUUUGGAAUCAUCCCAGGUGUGUCGCUGUCCGUAUACGCAGGGGCAAAGGUGGAUUUAUUUCUCGUAGCAGCGGGUGUGACGGUGGAGGCAAAACUACUGGAAACUUACCUUAUCCCCGAAAUUGCUGUGCGCAUCGAUAAAUGGCCGUUACGUGCAUGUCUGGAACUCAAAAUGCAAAUGACACCGUUGACUAUUCGCAUCUACCUUUGGUACCAGCUCAGACUGCGUGUAGAAGUUCGAUUGAAAAAAUGGUUCAGAAUUCGCGUUGAACUCCGUUGGGGUCGAAAGAAAACGUUUGCAGAGUGGAGCUGGUCGUCUCCUUCUAUACACAAGACCCUAUUCAGUAACUGCCAACGUGAUGUGGACAAGACACCCCCCGGUGUAGGAUCAUGCAGCGCAAAGCAGGUCGGAAGUAAGAAAUAUUUUGUUCAAUGGCAUGGCUUCACUGAAGACACGAAUAUUCAAAAUUACGUCGUCCUUAUCGGCUCUAUAAGGGGAUCAGGUGAUGACUAUUAUUUAAUCCACGAGAAACGACAGAGUCUGCUAGUUCAAGAUCUCCGUAUUAUGCAUGGUCGCUCUGUCUACAUCUCAGUAUACGCCCGUAAUAGUGUAGGUUUGAAAAGUCCAUUCGCGCAUUGCCCUGUUUUCACUGCCAAGCGGAGACCGCCGAUCAUAACGUUUGUUCACGAUGGUGAAGCAUCGGAAGAUAUUGACUACCAAACGGAUGCGACAAGCCUCGCUGUUAAGUACGGUCUUGCAGGGGCAUUUGCAGAUUUGGCGAGCGUCAAAUGGGGAAUAUCUUCGUCUUCAAAAUGUACUUUGUCCGAAGACGAGGCUGAUGUACUUAGUAUGCGAGAGAUUGGAGAGAGUUACACCAUCAAAAAGACCGGACUUGAGCUUACCAGUGGAAAAAUGUAUUACACUCGUAUAUAUGUUGUGAGCCUCUUGGGAUUAGCAAGUGUAGCUUGCAGUGAUGGCAUAACCGUAGAUACCACUCCACCAGUACCACGUAACUUCACUGUGGGAAAAGAUGGUACAGGAUACAUACCUUCAGUGGGGAGAAUCUUUGGCAAAUUCCAACAUUUCUUGGACUCUGAAAGUCCUAUGAUGCGCUACGAGUGGAAGCUUAUUGAUGAAGAAACUGGAAAUGAAGUCGUAGCUUUUAAAACCAUACCGCUGUAUCAAAAGUCACCGUUGCUUGACAGCUUAAGCUUGAUUGCCGGGAAAAAGUACACUUCUGUCCUUAAAGGUACCAAUGCCGCUGGCUUAUAUUCGACGGUAAACAUGUCAGGUGUUAUUCCUGAUGAUACAGUUCCAGAAUGCAAUGGUCCACCGGAUGACGUCAUAAGUCUCAAUGACUUUAUAGACAAAGAUUUUGUCCGACAGCUUACCAACCUAACUGUCAUGUUUUCGUGUUAUGACGAUGAAAGUGGUAUCCAGUCUAUUCGCGCCGCCGUGGGAACUUACCCAGGUGGAGAUGACGUCUACGCGUUUGUCGACAUCGGAGAGCUCACGAAUAGGAUGUCUGAUGACUUGAUCACCACGUGGGUGGCUUUCAACGACAUAAAUGUUACGUCAUUGGUUCGGUAUUACGUUACGAUCAAAGUUCGAAAUAACGUAGGUUUCGUAAAGACAAUGUCUUCGGAUGGAAUACUUGUUGAUACGACAGAACCGACGGUGUUAUCUAGCUACAUUAGAGAUGGAUAUCAAGGGAUAGACAAAAGAUAUACCUCAGGAUUUGAUAUUUUUCCAGCUCACUGGGAAAACGCAUUCGCUGAUGCCGAAAGCGGAAUCGGAGAAUACUUUGUAGGUCUGGGAACGAGUCCGGGAACAGAUGACCAGACAGCUUUCAGAGGCAAUGGUGUGAAAACGCAAGUCGUGAUAAGUAGUGGCGCUUUAAAAAGUGGCGUAACAUACUAUGUGACGGUAAUAGCAUGUAACAAAGUGGGAAUGUGUGUGAAUGGUACCAGCAAUGGGGCUAUGGUUGAUUUCAUACCACCCAACCCUGGCACUGCAAUCGCUGGUCAUAAUGGACCGCCUCUCGAAAUCACAUGGAUCAACAAAGGAGCAUGGGCCCGCUGGCAGUGGUGUCCAGCGGACAAAGCCAAACAAGAAUUUGGAGCCGACACUUGCGAUUCGUUGAGCUUCUACGAUAAACACUCUGGAAUCAAACAAUUUGGGUUGUCUGUAUUUUCGUACGAUACUGCUGAAUUAUUGGUUCCCGUCAAGACCGUGGGCCGUGUUGUAAUUAGUGGUCUACACGUGGUAAUGCCAAAUGGUGUAUUCUCAGUGGUUGUUGAAGCCGAAGAUCGUGCUGGAGUGCGCUCAAAUGCGAUAUCAGAAUCAUUUAUUGUUGAUACAACCCCUCCCCAAUUAGUGAAGCUUCACCAUGGUAACGAGAACCAACCAGUCAGAUACAAGCGCGCCCAAAAUCAUGUGUUCUCGGCUUACUUCGAGAUGAUCGAAGAUAUAUCUGCUGUAGCUCGGUACAGCCUUGGAGUGUCAUCGUAUCCCGGAGGUGACGAUGUGAUACCGUUUGUAACCCACGAACCUAAUGUUACAUCGAAUGUGAUUCGUGUUAAUUGGACAGCUACAAUCACAACCACUUUAAAGAACGGACGAAAGUAUUACAUUUCCGUGAAGGCAAUCAAUUCUGCCGGACUAUUAAUAGUUGCUUCGUCGCCGCCAUUGAUUUUCGAUAAUAAAGCUCCUUUAGUUGCGCGCGUUCUCGACGGUUGGGGCACGCAAGAUGCUCGGUAUCAUUCAUUUGCGACUAUUUUCCGAAUGCAUUGGCAAGGUAUCGAAGACUCUUCUGGCAUUGAUGAAACAAAAGUAUGCCUAAGUUCCACCAAAGAAACCUAUAAUUGUGAUAUCCAUCCUCUGGUGAAAAUUCCAAACUCUUUACUCUCCUACUCAUUCACAAAUAUCAACCUUCAAUCAGGAACAAACUGCUACGCACUGCUGCAGCUUAAAGAUAAUGCAGGCAACCUUGGUAACUACUGGACGGAUGGCGUCCUUGUUGAUACAAGUCCACCUGUAAGCGGGCGAGUCACGGACGGGCAAAACCGGGAAGACGUAACUUACCAACGUGAAACCAACAUACUGCAUGCAAGUUGGAGCGGCUUUUAUGACAACGAAACUUCGAUUCACCAUUAUGAGUUGGGCUUCGGCACUUCAGAAAAUAUUUCAGACAUUCAACCCUUCACUGAUGUUGGCUUGGUCACCUCGUCGGCGAGUUCAAACCUUCUUGUCUCAGAAUUAAGAAAUGGGGUCAAAUAUUAUGCUAGAGUUGUUGGAUUUAACACGUUAGGAAUUCCCAGCAAGAUCGCAACUUCGAGUGGGGUACUAAUCGACUCCACACCGCCUACUUUUUUGUUACCAGUUUCCGACGGGGUCUACCCAUACCCUGAACUUAACUAUAUAACGCAAGAGUCCUGGUUGGCUGUUAGUUGGACAUGUGAUGAUACAGACAGUGGGUUGAUGUACACAUUUGUCGGGUUUGGAACUCAGCCUGGAGAUGUGGAUGUCGCAAGCUAUCAGCGUGUGCUUCCAUACCAAUCUUCGUAUACUCUGAAAAAUAUUUCUCUCUCCCAUGGCUAUAGAUAUUUCGCCACCGUGAAAUGCAUUAACCGAGUUGGUCUACAAAACUCGCUGUCUAGCGAUGGCGUUACAGUAGAUUCUACGCCACCGUUGCUAGGUUAUCUAAAUGACGGAACCAGUGCUUACAAAGAUGUUGACUAUAUUGGUAUUGGCCCUCACGUGACUGCAAGCUGGAAAUUUAUCGACGCAGAAAGUCAUGUCACCAGGUACGCAAUAUCCAUCCUUCAGAGUAAAAAUGGCAAACGAGUCGUUGGUCCGUCGGAAGUACCCGGAAAUAAGCGGAGCGUGCAGAUUGCUUUGGGGGGGAACGAGUUGAAACAUGGUCAGAGGUAUGUUUUUUCAGUGACGGCUCAAAACGGCGCUGGGCUCAAUACGACCGGAGUGAGCGAUGGUUUCGUGGUGGAUGGUUCGGCACCAAUAUGUAAAGAUGUAUAUGGCGUGUCUAUCGCUGGAACUAAGACUGUUUUUAUUGGCCAGACAAGGAAGCUUGCAGUCCAUUUCGAAUGCGGUGACAAUGAGACAGGAAUUAACGAGUAUCAUUUUGCUGUUAAAGACCUCAAUACUUCUCAAUAUAUUCUUCCAUUUCAUAAAAUACGAGGUAUCUCGGCGCUCUCGUCCCUUGCGGUCGUAGACGGGGCUGGUAAACAAAUCUUCAAACUUAAGAAUGGCGGACACUAUCAAAUUGGCCUUCGCGCCACAAACAUGGUAAAGCUAGCGAGGGAGUACUGGGCACCAGGAGUAAUAGUCGAUACUACUCCCCCCGUAUUUAGUAAAGUUGCAGCCGCGUAUCGAGUGGAGAACAAAAGUAUUGAAAUUACUUGGAAAUUGGAUGAUGAUGAAAGUGGCGUAAAAACCCUGUCAUGGUGUCUAAAUACAUCACCCGAUGUCGAAAACCCUAGAAACUUCACUAAAAUUUCGCAUAAUUCUUCAAAACUUGUCAUUUCUGGGAUUCCAUUCAAACUCGGCCAGACCUACUAUGUUUACUUCAAAGCGUCAAACAAAGCUGGUCGAUUUACAUUGUUUGUGUCUGACGGUGUCGUGGUUGAUCGUACCCCUCCUUCCACCGGUCGAGUGUCGGCCAAUUUCGCAGUGCCUUCGAAUUACGAUGGUAAUCCGAACACAACCGACGGCGCUUCGUUCACAGUGAAGUGGAGUGGUUUUGUCGAUCAAGAGAGUGGCGUGAAGACGUACGCCUGGGCAAUAGGUUCAUCUGGUGAAAAGACCAAACUGCUGGGGAAUGUGUUUUACACGAAAAUCAAGUUUACAGGUAGUAUAAAUGGGUAUAUUAUAAGUGGCCAAACUGUUUACACUAACACAACUUACUGCGUAUGCAUACGGGUGACUAAUGGCGCUGGGCUAUCCGCUACAAGUUGCUCAAAUAAAAUAUUGGUGAAAUUGGGCAAGCUGACUGCUGGUGUGAUAUUCGACGGACCGUUGGCGCAGGACAUCGACUUCCAACUCGACGAUAAAGCUGUGUGGCUUCAUUGGGCAGGAUUUAAGGACCCUGUGUACAGCUUAGGGCAUUAUGCAUGGUGUUACGGGCCGUUCACAACCGCUGAGCAGUUAAAUUGCUCGACAUCAUUAGCUCGGGUAGACCCUCCUCUCAAAACAUCCACACAUCAGUUCCAUAAUAUCUCCUUACUUCCUGGUCAGCGGUACGGCUUUGAAGUGCAAGCGUCAAACGAAAGGGGCAAAACUGUAUCGGCUGUAUCUGAUGGCUUCACUGUCGAUCGAACAGGACCUUUGGCUGAAGGUAUUCAAGUCGGCGGGUCGCGUGGUACAAAAGUAAUUUAUAUAUUUGAUGUUACUCCACCGAUAAUCUCAUGGACAAUGAAUGAACGGGAAAGCGGAAUAAAAGAAUAUCACUUUGGCAUCGGCGGUUCACCCAAAUCCGAUGACUUAUACUCCUUCACUAAACUGGAUGGAAGUCAACAUUCGAUGAACCUCGCAGAAAUUAACUUUAAUUUCAAUCAUGGGGUUUCGUUCUACAUCACAGUUAUCGGAGUGAAUGUGCUAGGGCUGGAAACGAGUAUGACGUCACCGCAAAUUAUCGUCGAUUGGUUGCCGCCAACGCCUGGCGUAGUUCGCGAUGGAAAUGGCACGAGUGAUGUAGAUUUUCAAGCGAAUACUAAUCACGUCUCGGCGACAUGGAGUGAGUUCCUUGACCCGGAAAGCGAUGUGGUGGAAUACAUGUACUGUGUUGGCACUGCGCCAGAUUCUUGCGACGUUACCAACCAAACCUCAGUCAAUUUGAACCUUCACGCAACGGCGCAAGUAAGCCUUAAGGAAGGCGAUACUUACUUUGUCACAGUAACUGCCAUUAAUGGAGCCGGAUUAUCAACAACCUCGUCUUCAAACGGUUUCGCCGUUGACACCACUCCCCCCGUAAUUGAGGGCUUCUCAGCAACUUCCGUUCAUACCGUUGAACUGAAUGUGACAAAUAGUACUGAUUUUGUCGUCACAAGUAUUCUAACAACUCCUUCCAAGAUUUCAGCCACCUGGGACGAGGUGUACGACCUGGAAAGUGAAGUCAAAAGUGCCACCCUUUGUGCAACUACGAUUAAGGAUGAUUGUGAUUUGGUGUCAGAGAAAUCUGUGGAACCUGCCUCUAAGAGUCCUAGUCUUAAUUUCCCCAAACCUCUUCAAACUGGGACGGUGUUUAUGCUUAAGCUUAUUGUAGAAAAUAAAGCAGGAUUAGUGAACAUUGCUUAUUCAAGUAGCAUAUUGGUAGACAGCACUCCGCCUUUGAAAGGAACGGUCACAAUUGGCAACGAGAAUGCUUUGGUCUUCUUACAAGAAGGACAGUUUCUUCGUGCUUCGUGGCAAGGAUUUGCAGAUCCCGAGAGCAAGAUUAAUAUGUAUGAGUGGAAGGUUUGCUCAGCAAGUCAGAGAUCAAAAUGUGUAUCCGAGUUUUUGAAUGCAAGGUUGAAGACAAGUCUUAUCCUAAGAGGCGUUGGAAUUGAUCCGGGCACGGAGUAUAAUCUUGUCAUCAGGGCAUCAAACCACGCCGAACUAGAAACAACAGCAGUUUCGAAUCCGUUCAUUCUCGAUAAAACGCCGCCCGAAUCCGGCAUGGUGUUUGAUGGGGAUACGUAUUUGAAGGAUGAAGUGUAUCAGAGUUCAUUUGAACAACUUUCUGUAAGUUGGAAAGGUUUUCAAGACAAAGAAAGUGGGAUUAUCCGCUAUGAGGUCUGCAUUGGGUCCAACUCUGGUCUCUGCGAUGUUUAUAGGUUUCAAGAUGUCGGCUUGACUACCACAGCCUUGAUAAAUAAUCUUAAUCUCACACAUAAUGAGACAUACUAUACAACUGUCAGAGCCGUGAACGGAGCUGGGCAAACCAGUUUUGCAACUUCUAAUGGGAUAUUUAUAGACCGGACGCCUCCUGUGGGUGGGAGUCUUCGUGAUGGAGAUAGUUCAGAUAUCGAUGUCACAUUGUAUGAUUCCCACGUUAGUUGCAACUGGGACGAAUUCCACGAUGUAGAAACUCGAGUUUUGAAAUACGUCAUUUGCGCAGGCACAGUUAAAGGGUCAUGUGAUAUACUACCUUUGACCACAGUGAACAAUGGACUCGCGUUAUAUUUACAGUUUAAGCCAGCUUUAAGUUCUGGGGUAAUUGUAUAUUCUACGCUUAGAGUUUAUAACAAGGCUGGUGGGCUGACGGAGGUCUAUUCAGAUGGAUUGUUAGUGGACAGUACACCGCCUUAUCCAGGAUAUGUCAAGAUCACAUCACCAAGCUCAGUGGUAGGUGAUACAAUAUAUCUGACAUCGAAAAGCGCCAUUUGUGCCUCAUGGGACACUUUUACUGAUGCGGAAACAAGCAUGGUUGAGUAUCAAUUUUCAUUAUGUUUGGAACAUAAUAAUCAAAGUUGCCCCAUCCCAACACGAGACCUCAACAACAGAACGUCAGUGUGCAUUGAAGAGCCAGAAAUCACAGAAGGCCAGAGUUAUGUAAUAAUGAUCACAGCAACAAACAAAGUUGGUUUAAGCUCAUCGUCAGCUUCACCUACAUUUAUCAUUGACACAAGCGAACCUGACAUUGGAGAUGUCGUGGUAUUAAACCCCUUGGGAGAACAAUAUGAUUUCGUCUCGUCAGCCAUUCUUGCGCGCUGGCAUGGUUUCAUUGACAUCGAGACUGGCAUCCGUAGCUAUUCAGUGUGUGUGGGUACUGAACCUUCCUUGUGUGAUGUAACCAACCUGGUUACCGUCGGGAACACGUCAAGCUACACUUGGUAUAAUUUAAGUUUGAUUCACAAUGAAGAAUAUUUUGUGUCUAUAAAAAGCAUCAACAACGCUGGGAUUUCUACGAACUUUACUACCUCACAACCCAUUACUGUAGACACAACAGCUCCACCGUUAAGUAAUGUUGUCGAUGGUUUCGAAGAGACAAAGGAUAUUGACUACCAACGAAGUCGCACACGUGUGUCUGCUUCGUGGUUUAUCGCUGAAGAUCCUGAUAGUGGAAUCAUCACCCUCACGUGGUGUAUCGGGUCUGGGCCCCGAUUAUGCGACCUGAAUCCCAGUUCCUCGUUGAACGUUAACGCGACCAAAAUAUCAACAUUCUUGAAUCAACCAAUUAAAAACGGAGAAAGUUAUUACGUCACUGUCAAAGCAAUCAAUGGCGCUGGUUUGAGCGGUGUUUUGGCAUCUAAUGGUGUUACAGUUGAUUACACGCCACCACGUGUUGGUACCGUAACUGAUGGCAUAGAUGAUGAUGUCGACUAUCUCAAGAGUGGUAACACCGUGUACGCUCGAUGGUCUGAAUUUGAAGAUCCAGAAAGUGGAAUUAAAUCGUACCAGUUUGCUCUUUGUGAAAAAGAAAACGUAACCGUUUGUCCAAUGGCGUUUUCAGACACGGGACCUCAAACUAAUAUUAGCUUAUCCGGGACGGAGUUACAGAGUGGUAUUAAAUACGUGAUUAUAGUUCGUGCUAUCAAUAUGGUAGAUUUGAGGACGGAUGCCACAUCAGAUGGAUUCACUGUUGAUUCAACGGCGCCUGUUUCCGGGCAAGUCGCAAUUGUUGUCCCAUCACCGAGUAACUUUGAAAUCCAUCAGAUCACAGCGAGAUGGGAAAACUUCAUGGAUGCUGAGUCAGAUAUCUCUCAAUAUGAAGUUUGCCUUGGCACAACUGAAGAAGAAUGUGACGAGAUCGAUUUCCAGUUUGUUGGUUCGAACAUAAAUCACACCUUCACUGGACACGAAUUGCGACAUCAGGAAACAUAUUACGUCACGGUAAAGGCAACGAACAAUGCAGGGUUGUCCACUCUUGUUUCAUCUAAUCAAAUAAAAGUUGAUUUGACUCCACCAAGUCCAGUAGAGGAAUUAAAUGGAGCUUCGUUUGAUUUGGAGGAAAUUUGCACAAAUGCCAUCACAGAAAGAUCUUGUAAUGAAACUAGACCAGAAACGAAUGAACGUGUUCUUAUAAAGCUUUCUUGCGCAAAUGAUUUGAUCAAUGCAUCCUGGGUAGAGCACGAAGACCGAGAAUCUGGUAUAGCCAUGGUCGAGUGGUGUGUCGAAAGCAUGAAUAAUACAUGCAACGUACAACUUUGGCAAGCAUUAUCGACCGACCUACUAUCGAAAUCUGCUGUUGUUCAUUCACUUUCUACACUAACUAGUGUCCGAGUUGUCCUUCGCAUCUCCAAUGGUGUUGGCAACAAAGCGGUGCUUGAGUCAGCUGCAUGUUACCCAGUGAAGAAUUUCCCACCUGAACUAAAUGUUGUCGAGAUAAAUGCCCAGAAUGACUCCCUGGAAAAUAUAGAUUACCAAAACGACAGCGAAGCGAUUGUAGUUACCUGGUCACCAAACAACCUGACGUCAUAUUCCAGUGUCCAGGCUGCUUUAACUGAGCCGAACGACGAAUUAAACAUAAAUGGUUCAUUGCGACGGAAAUGGAGCGGCGAGCCGUUAGCUUACGAUUUCGUGGACAUUCCGCGUGAAAGAGCGUAUAUCAGGUUCAGCGGUGAUAUGAUUAAACCAUACAAGAAAUAUCGCCCGGUGAUUAAACGAUGUAAUGAAGACGGCCUAUGCACAGAUUCUUUUGGGGAUGGAGUUGAAAUAUUGCCUGACGCACCCCCGAAUAUACAGGUUAACGCUACGGACACUUUGGUGGACACAGAGCAGGAACGUUGGCGGAAAUUCAUUACUAUUCCUCGUUUAUCCAGAAGUUUUGUCGAAGAUUCGUAUUUUCUUCCUGAUCCAUUCAGCGUGGUUAUCAGAGCAAACCUAGAAGACCCAAAUGCCUUCGACUUGGGAAAACAACAAAUCCGAGAGACCGUCCAAGCUAGCGUUUACAGGAUCACAUCAGGCGCCAACGAAACACAAAAUGAAACAAUUGAUAUUCGACAUAUUUUUGACCAUUUACAUAUUCACGAUGACGCUAAUGUUUGCUGUAAAAGAAGGAACAGAGAGCCCCGCACUGUUCACCCUGAUCAACAGAUUAAACCAGUUCGAGAAACGACUGCGUUCGGCGCAUCUGUGAGUUAUUUGAAAAACAACUCUGAUUUGAUUGUAGUGUCGUCCCAAAAUUCUGCAUACGUUUUCUCAAGAGGGUCCUAUGAAAGUACUCCACUUACUUUAGUGACGUUCAAUUCUACUAUGAAUAAUAGCUUUGUUAGAGUUAAAGGAUACAACGAGAUCCUUUUUAUAUCCGGCAACGAAAAAUUGCUGUUGUACAGAAUUGAUACCGAAAAUCUAGCUCGAAGCGUGCCGAUUUUAGGAAUAACCAAUUGUAAUAAAACAAGUACAGACACGAUCGAACCUUGUACGAUGGACGACGGAUGGUCUUCUUCGGAAGACGUCGGAAGAGAGUUCGCUUUUGACGGCGCAAAAAUGAUUGCGGUCAGCGGAAAGCAUCCACAACAAGGGUACGGUGUUGUUGCUAUAUUUAUUGCAGAUGACUCGAAUCAGUUAGAAUUGCAACAUGUAUUGGGAUCGCGAGAGAAAGACCAAUCCUUUGGAAAGGCAAUCGCACUGAAUAAAGAUUUUUUGGUUAUAGUUGGUGCUGGCGUCUAUGUCUAUUCAAGAAUGUCUAAUAAUUCCUGGCAAAACAACACCGCACUUUCCAAAAAGUUUAACAAUCAAUUUCCAGACAAUAUCUAUCUGACAAAACGAAAUGAACUAUUUCUUCUAUCAAUUUCAGACAAAACAUUGACAGUUUUUGAAUUGCAGCCACCAGGUAAUGCGAUCAGGAGAUGUCGAAUGGUUUAUUCAACACUUGUUCAGCUGAGUGGGAGUUUUGAUGUGUUUGAAGGCGAGUCGAGUGUUUUUGCUAUUGGUAUCAUGGUUGACGGUCACGAUGGAAGUGAUUUGGGUGUUUACGAACCUGGAAAUAGGUGCGCAAAGAUUGGGAGAGUAUUGACUAAAAAUGGUCUUCGUUCUGAUGAUGGUAGGGCAAAGGCAUCCGUAGCAAUCACAGAUGGACACGUUGUGAUUGGCAGUCCAGGUUUAGACACAUGGCCAAGCGAUUAUGUAGAUGCAGGAACUGGACGCGUUUAUGUGACAUCCGUCUGUUCACGGGAUUUCGUACGUAAGAAGGUGUCUCAUCUUGGACAUAAGGAGACAGUGGAGUGUGUCGCUUGUGGCGAUGGGGAAGAGGCAUACCCCGGAUUUGAGGAGAAAUGCGUGAACUGUAGUCGUAGUAUUUGUUUAAAAAAAUCAGAAGAUCUAAUGUUUAGAGUUUCACAUUGUGAUAAAUAUCCUUGUGGUAAGGUCAAUAAUCGUAGCAUAAGCCAAAAUAUUUAUCGAGCUAAUCUUACAGUUACUGAGUCUGCGCCCAGCUUUGGUGAUGACGAAUUUUACCUUCCCGGAUCCGAACAGAGUUAUUUCGUUAGGAUCAGCCAGAGAUCGGCAUCGGGACUCACGACUACGUCCGACAGCAUUUCGUUCUCUCUCGACAACACCUCGCCCGAACCAGGGUCAGUCUACGAUGGCUUGGGUAGCGACGAAACCCGAAACUGUUCAGCAAAUACGACACUCAGUUCCGAGAAUCAAUGCUCGAGUCGCAGUUUCUCCGAUACCGACUUGGAUUUCACGAACAACACCGCCUCCAUUAGCGCUCGCUGGAUCGAUUUUCGGGACAAUGAAAGCGACAUUGAGCAUAUGUUCUGGUGCAUUGGUUCCAGGCCACUUCGAGACGAUAUCAUGGAGUGUGAAAAUGCAACUGAUCACCCUAAUAAGACUUUGACCGGGCUUUCUUUGCAGCACAACGAUUCAUACUAUGUGACAGUCUUGGUUUGUAAUCAUGCAGGAUUAUGUACAGCCAAGUCAAGCGAUGGCGUUUUGAUCGACACCACACCACCUAUUCUGCAGUACGUUCGGGAUGGAUUGAUGGGUCCAGAUAUCGAUUUCCAGGUGUUUACCAACAUCAUAUUCGGCAAUUGGGCAGCGGAAGAUCCCGAGAGCGGCAUAGUCUCGUACGAGGUUGGCUGGGGCUCGUCUCCAGGACUGGACAACCUCCAUGAGUUCCAAGAGAUUGGUAAUGCGACAGCCUACUAUGCAAAGUUCAAACACGGAGAUCUCGUGAAGGGGCGCAAAUAUUUCGUAACCGUGAAAGCCAUCAACGGUGCAGGCCUGGAAUCUGAGGCGGUGUCUUCGAAUGGGAUCGUGGUUGGAAAAACCGAGUUUGUCUUUUCGAAAAAUGACUCUGGGUCAUUUUUCUUCGAUACUAUGAACGUGAACGCCAACGAGACACAAGAAAAGGAUUCGGAAGUUGGAAAUACAUUUGGAACUUUAGACGUUCCCUCCGGAGCUGUCGAAGAUGAAGUGAAAUUUCAGGUUUAUAGCCUUGGCAAGGAAGAGUUGAAGAAUGGCACAGAUGAUAAUACGACUGUUGUUGAUCCUGCUGUCAUGAAGCCGCCAAAACAUUUCAAAUUGGGCAACUACAGUUUCCAGAUCAAAGCCUACGAACCAGAAAACAAUACUUUGGAAGAAGAAUAUCGUUUCAAAAAGCCAAUAACCAUCUCGUUGUUCUACGACGUCGAUCAAAUGUUGAAACAAAACAAGAAAACUGUUAGUAGUGAAGUAAAUAAUAACGAUAUCGAUCCUGUACUUCUAUUAUGGCACACCAAAAAUCAAACAUGGUUCGAUGCAGCCAAAACCUGUCCUGAGCCAUGGACGUUUGUUGAUCACGCUGCAAAACUUCUCAAAGUCCACGUCUGUCAUUUGACUCAAUUUGCCCUAUUCUGGACGUUUACAGCAGAGAAUGGAAUAAUUGAAUUCCUUAAUGAUUCCUCGACGGGUCAGCCAAAACAAGCCAUUACUCUUAACAUAGUUAGGCGCAAAGGUUCCACCGGAAGCAUUAAUGUCACAUGGAUCGUCACCAGCCCUUCAGGUGGUGACAUUCCAUUUAGCGUUUCCCCGAUCGGAGGCCAAUUGACUUUUUUGGAGAGCCAAUGGAAUUCAUCCAUCCAUUUAAAAUUCGGCGGUUUUCCAACAAAGAUGAGCGAAGUCGUAUUGUCUGUGGAACUUUUGAACGUGUCUGGUGGUGCGAUGCUGGGGAAUUCGCGCAGGGUGCAAAUCGUCUUUCCCGCAAAGCUGGACAGAGAGGGGCCGGAAGAUAGUAAUUUUGUACUGGAGAUUGUUGUACCGUGCGUUGUUGGUGGUGUUUUUGCAAUUAUUAUCAUAAUAGCAGCGGUUUAUUUUGUCCGAAAACGACGCAGCAGCCGCAAGCCUGCAGGAGAGAGAACCAGAGGGAGAGAAAACCCUAUUUAUGGAACGGGGCACGAGGAGACCGUUGAAACGUCAUUCACAAAGCCUAGUUGAAGAGGAAGGCCUUGAUAAUCCGUAAAACGACACUUACUAGCUAAGAAACAUAAUUGUGAUAGGUAAUAGAAUUGGGAAAUAAAAUAGAUAACAUAUGUAUUAAAUGUUAAAAUUUUUUGGAUUGUAUUAUAAACAAGCAAUCUUUUAAAGAAUAUAUCAUAGGCGUAUUAAUACCAUUAAAUUGUAUGCACAACAAGUUAUAUCUAGUAAAAAUAAAUGCACCUGGGAUGAUUAUUAAAGUUAAAAUUAAUUUUUGAAGAUCAA